CUGGAAAUGGACCCCAACUGCUCCUGCGCCACUGGAGCCUCCUGCUCCUGUGCCAGCUCCUGCAAGUGCAAAGAGUGCAAAUGCACCUCGUGCAAGAAGAGCUGCUGCUCCUGCUGCCCCAUGGGCUGUGCCAAGUGUGCCCAGGGCUGCAUCUGCAAAGGGGAUGUGAAGUGCAGCUGCUGUGCCUGAUGUGGGGACAGCUCUGCUCCCAGAUGUAAAUAGAGCAACCUGUACAAACCUGGAUUUUUUUUUUUAUACAACCCUGAGCCAUUUGCUACAUUCGUUUUUCUAUUAAAUAUGUAAAUGAUAAUAAAACAGUUUUGACUUGA